UCAUUCCUUGCCACCAAAAAUCCUCUUCAUUCCUCUUUGUCUCUCUCCCGUUCUUUGGGUGCCUAAUAGCUCCUCUCACCACCCUAUCUAACGUUGGCGUUGAGGACAACCUUCGCUGUCUCUUCCUCACGGUCAUGGGGAAGGGGCUGCCACCACCACCAUCAUCCGACAUUGAGACAGGAAGAACCUACAAGUCACAUCGUAGGACGCCGCCACCUCCCCCACCGCACUUUUCACCCCCGGCCCCGAAACUAUGGUUUGCAUGGCUCGUGCCCCUCGUGUUUGUGGCAAACAUCGUAAUGUUUGUUCUCACCAUGUACAUCAAUGAUUGUCCAGUGAAAAUCGGGGCAGACAAAUGUCUUUUCUAUGAUUAUCUAGGAAGGUUUUCGUUCCAUCCUUUUAAGGAUAACCCUCUUCUUGGCCCUUCAUUCAGCACGCUGAAAGAACUAGGAGCUCUUGAUUGGAAACUGGUGGUCGAGAGAAAGCAGGCGUGGCGCCUCAUAUCCUGCAUAUGGCUUCAUGCUGGAGUCAUCCAUUUAGUAGCUAAUAUGAUGAGCCUUUUAUUCAUAGGAAUUCGACUGGAACAAGAAUUUGGAUUCAUUAGAAUCGGCCUCUUAUAUGUGCUUUCUGGCUUUGGUGGAAGUUUGAUGUCUGCUCUAGCUUCAGCUGGGCGGAAACAAACCAUAUCUGUUGGUGCAUCAGGUGCACUUUUCGGGCUGUUGGGAGCUAUGCUUUCUGAGCUCAUUACAAACUGGACAAACUAUGCAAACAAGUGUGCAGCUUUGUUGACCCUGGUGUCAAUCAUUUCCUUGAAUCUAGCCGUGGGAUUUCUACCUCAUGUGGAUAAUUCAGCUCAUGUAGGAGGGUUUAUCUCCGGAUUUCUAGUUGGAUUUGUACUUCUCAUUCGUCCUCAGUUUGGAUAUGUAAGCCGCAAGCAUAUUCCACCUGGAUAUGAGAUAAAGCAUAAAAAGCCAAAGCACAAAUGCUAUCAAUAUCUGUUAUGGAUUAUUGCCUUAGUCCUUUUAAUUACUGGAUAUGCAAUUGGCUUAACUAGGCUGUUUAAAGGUCAGACUUUUGAAAGCAAACCUCUCAACAGCUUGGACUAGCAGACCAUAUUUGUAUCAACUCAACUGCCUCUUUUCUAAGCAGCACAAGCUACUAUCUCUGAGGUGGAUGUAGCAGACGGUGGUCAAACAAAAAUGACAGCAGAAGUAAAUACAUGUGUACAAAUACCUUUUAAAUUAAAUGCAGCUGGAUUGGUAGUAUAUAAAGUAAAUACAUGUGUGAGGACUCUUCUUUGUAAUUAAAAACCCACAGUUAGAUUAUAAUGAUGUAUCAUUUACUCAUCAUUCUUUGUUUCCAUAAAUUCCAAUGGAAAGAUUGCUGUACAUAUGCAUUAGAGAUCAGCAGCUUCCUAGUAUGAUUCUUUCCAUGGAGAGCAGAAAUCGAGUUCAAAAUCCUUUUCCACAUUUUUGAAAAGCUUGGCAAAACAUUUCUAGUAAAAUACAAGUGUAGAAACUCAUCAGAGAUCAAAAUUUAUUCCUUGAGCCUAAUAUAAAAUUUUUUUAAUUAGAUUUCCACAACAUAUUUCUAAUCUCCUUUUAUUCUAGCAGUCAGCAGUUGGAAAAAUAAUAAAAUAGGAUUGAUGCAAAAGCAAUCUAACAAGAAAAAUAGCAGCUUCAAGCACUGUCAUUUGUCUCUAGUACAUCUCCAGUCAAAGAAUCAAGUUCUUUAUGUACCAUCCAGGAAAUAUUUAAAACAAAUUUAUGCAACUCGUUAUAAACAUGACAAUGGAAAUUUUGAGAAGUAAAGGAUGCUGCCAGUGCAAAUAAGGUGCAUAACUCUACCUCCAAAUUCUAUAUGUCAAACAUUUUGUUUCUACAAGCAGUCAGAACUUGCAAUAAUAUUGAGGACAAGAAAGAAGAUGAUCUAAUAAGAAAACUAACUAAAUUUGGGAGUUCAUUUUCAGACCACCUCAUCACUAUUCAAAGGAUCAAGCUUCAUUACGAUGCUUUCAAAAAGAGGAGAGGUAGAGAGAAGAAGCUAAAUUAAGAUGAGGAGGACUGUCAUGCAACAGCAAAAGUACACAAUAUUAUCUGUGACAUUAAAAAAAAUAACCAUUUAAAACUGCCCUCAUCAUUGCAAAAAGUAUUGCUGUAGCUGACAACUGAUUUAAAUAAGGCUUGCUCAAGGCAAGCUCUAUGUCAAUGACAAGUCACAUAAAUGAUCAGAAACUUUGACAACAAGAAAAAUAGACAAUGAAUCAUACUUUUUUAGCAUGAAACAGGCUAUACCUUGACCAAUAAGCUUUAAGCAUAGGAUUUUAAUGUUAUUAUAUCCUAUUAAAGUAAUGACAUCAGAAGGUAUCUUUAACAAACAUGGCUAUUAAAAUUAGAUUAUGCCACUAUUAGUUGAAAGACCAGUUCUAUAGCCCGUAAAAACAUCAUGAUUCAUAUAUAGCAAUCCAUGCUUGGCGUCAUAAGUUUUUUUGUUCCAUAAAGCAAAUAAUGGCACAUGAUCGAAGUCUUGUCGAGAUAUUAGACAAUGAAGGGAAUAAUACACUGCAAGGCUGUUAACUGAAAAGUUGAGUCAAAAAGCAUUAUUACUCUUCUUAACAUUUGGGUAAUCAUGAUG